AUGUACACCAAAAUCGUUGUUCUGUGCGCUUUCGUAGCGGUGUCGCAGGCGGGAGUACUCGUCGCGCCCGCGCACUACUCGCCGCUGCCGCGGUGUUCCUCCCAGAGCAUCGUUCGCCACGAUGAGGGUCACGCCGCCGGCCUAGUUGCGCCUGUCGCCAAGGUCGCCGUUGCCGCUCCCGUUUACCACGCUGCCCCCGCUCCCGUUUACCACGCUGCUCCCGCUCCCGUUUACCACGCUGGUCCCGCUCGCAUCUCAUAUGCCGCCCCCGCUCCCGUGGUCUACCACGCUCCCGCUCCCAUUGCCUACCAUGCGCCUAUUGCUAAGGUCUUAGCUGCCCGUGAAGACCAGGAGAUCGCUUACCCUAAAUACGAAUACAACUACUCCGUCGCUGACGGUCACACCGGCGACAACAAGUCCCAGCAGGAGUCCCGCGACGGUGAUGUCGUGAAGGGAUCUUACUCGUUCCACGAGGCUGACGGCUCCAUCAGGACCGUGGAGUACUCCGCUGAUGACCACAACGGUUUCAACGCCGUGGUGCACAACUCCGCCCCCACCGCCGCUCCCGCUCACGUCAUCAAGGCUGUUCCCGUUGCCCCCUACUACCACCACUAAGAAGUUAUUACCUCUUACGCUAUUUUUACAAAAAUGAUUGUUGACUAAUUUAUUUAUUGCAAUAUACGAACGAAUUCAAUAA